AUGGGUUGGGUUGGUAUUGUGAAAGACAUACGGGAGUCUAUGCUUGAAGAGGUUGAUUUUUACAAGGAGGCUGCAAAUAUUGAGUCUUUCAGGAGAUAUUUAGAAGCCAUGGGACUCACAAGGCAGGCUACAGCUCCAAGAGUGUAUCACCUAUGUAGCACAAAACGAAUUCUAACCAUGGAGAGGCUAUAUGGAGUUCCUCUUACCGACUUAAACUCUAUAAGUUCACUUGUAUCUAGUCCGGAGGCCAGUCUCAUAACUGCCCUUAAUGUGUGGUUUGGCAGUUUGCUUGCCUGUGAAAGCUUUCAUGCAGAUGUGCAUGCUGGUAAUCUGUGGUUGUUGCGUGAUGGCCGUGUCGGGUUUCUUGAUUUUGGAAUCGUAGGUCGUAUAGACCCACAAACAUGGGCUGCCAUGGAAAGCUUUUUGGCAUCAAUUGCACUGGAAGAAUAUGAAUUGAUGGCAUCUGCAUUGAUUCAAAUGGGUGCGACAGACACAAAUGUUGAUGCUAAAGCCUUCGCAAGUGACUUGGAAAAAAUGUUCUCAUCAAUGAAGGAGUUGGAUACAGAAAUAGUCAUAGCAACAGCCAGGGAGCCGGCUACAAACGCCACUGCUGUCUCCACUAAUGUAGUUGUUGAUGAGAGACAAAUGAAUGCACUUUUUCUUGAUGUGAUUCGUGUUAGUGAAUCAUAUGGAUUGAAGUUUCCGAGAGAGUUUGCACUUCUCUUGAAGCAACUUUUGUAUUUUGAUCGGUACACCCGUUUGUUGGCCCCAAACUUGAAUAUGCUCCAGGACCAAAGGAUUUCAAUUGCUUCAAACCGAAGAAGCAACUACAGAGACAAUUUCAGGUGAAUCUAGCAGAGUAGAGAUGUGUAAGUUCUGUAUAUAUAAAUAAGGUAACUGAUUUGUAUGAAGCAAAGCAUGGCACGGGUUUUGGUAUGGACUUGGCGUGUGAUGCUUUGCUUCACCAAUUGAUUACCAGACAUCAGUGAAAUGUAUAUUACAGGAUUUUAAAAGCGACAUAUGUAAUCCCCCAGCUGGAAACGUUCAUAGUAACAAAUCCUCAUACGCGGGAUGUUGGUACGAAAAAUAGCUAGUCAC